AUGCCCGACGCGAUACCGGCCUGCUUCCGCGCAGCGGCAGCGCCCGGCGGCCGGGCGACGGCGUCGUCGGGGUCGGGGUCGGGGUCCGGCGGCUCCGGGGCGGGGACGAGCCUGGCCACGUCCGUCUACGACACGCGCCUCGGCCUGGCGGCGCUAUCCUGGUCGCGCGCCGCGCUGGGUCUCAGCCUCCGCGCCGUGCUCCGCGUCUCCGCGGCGGGCUCCCCCGCGCCCUCCCCCUCGGCGGCGUCCGACUAUGGCGACGGCGAGGUGGAGUACGAGGGCGAGUGCGACGACGAGGAGACGGUGGCCAUGCGCGUGCGGCCGUGGCUGCUGUGGCGGCGGCGCGGGUCCAAGCGGUUCCGCGUGCGGGGCCGCCGCGUGGUGGACCUGGCCUGGGACCUCUCCCGCGCGCGCUUCCCGCCCUCGGGCGGCUCCCCGGAGCCCUGCUCGGGGUACUUCGUCGCCGUCGUGGUGGACGGCGAGAUGGCGGUCGUCGCGGGGGACAUGGCGGAGGAGGCCUACAGGAAGACCAAGGCGCGCCGCCCGCCCGGCCCGGCACCCGUCCUCGUCUCGCGCCGCGAGCACGUGUCCAUGCGCGACGGGGGAAGCGGCGGACGCGGGCACCGGACCUGCGUCGUCGUGCGCGGCAAGGAGCGGGAGAUCUCGGUGGAUCUCGUCUCGCGCGCGGCGGCCGCCCUGGGCGGCCAGGGGCGGGAGAGGGAGCGGGAGCGGGAGCGGGACAGGGACAGGGCCGAGGUCGGCAUGUCCGUCUCUGUCGACGGCGAUCGCGUGCUCCACGUCCGCCGCCUGCGCUGGAAAUUCCGCGGCACCGAGAAGGUGGACCUCGGCGGCGGCGACCACGUCCUCGUCUCCUGGGACCUUCAUAACUGGCUCUUCCCGGCGCGCGACACCUCGCCCCCCGACACCGCCGUCGCCGCGGCCGCGGCCGCGGCUCCGCCCGCGCACGCCGUCUUCGUCUUCCGCUUCGAGCUCGCCGGCUGCGACGGCGAGGAGCGUGUCCCAGCCGACGACGCCAAGGAGAAGGAGCUACUCGACAAGGCCGGGGGAGGCGGAGGUGGAGGCGGCUGGGCAGGCUACGUUGGUAGGUGGGGGAGAGGGGGGGACUGGAGCGAGAGCAGCAGCAAUGGCGAGAAGCGGAGGAGGAAGAGGGGGCAGGCGAGCAGGCUGGCCAAGGUGAGCUCCUCCUCGUCGGCGUCAGUGGCGUCGUCCUCCGCGUCAUGGGCGAGUGGCUCCACUGUCAUGGACUGGGGCAGCCCCGAGGAGGCCGAGCUGCAGAGCGGCGACGGCUUCUCCCUCCUCGUCUACGCCUGGAAGAACUAA